AUGUCAGGCUCCUCUGGACGAGCGGCAGCGUCGAAGGUGCUCUCAAAAUCCAAAGAAAAAGUUCAAAAGCGCACACCAAAACAGCCGUUACCUGUUUCUGAGCGCCUGAAACGCUUGUUCACAUCACUUUGUGCACAAAUCGACGGAGGUCAUUUCAGCAAUGCUGUUAAGACAUGCGACAAGAUUUUGAAAUUGGAACCCGGAGACGCCGACGCUUUACAGACAAAAUUGUUUUUGUUGCUGCAGACUGAACAAUAUGACGCAUCUCUCGCUCUUAUCGAAGCAAACGACGACAAGGUCUCUCACGAAUUUGAACGAGCGUACUCACUAUAUCGUAAACAACGCGAACCGGAAGCGCAGAAGGUUCUCAAUGCGAUUAAAGCAGAGAAGGGUGACGAUGAUCGGGGUGCACUCCAUCUCGAAGCUCAAUUCAACUAUCGUGUAGGAUCUUACCAUGUAGCUCUUGAUUUGUAUAAUCAACUGCUAGACACCGCUGAACCUGGAUCUGAAGAGCAAUCCGAUAUCCUAACCAAUCUUCAAGCAUCUCAGCAACACGUGGACUUCAUUGACAAAGGGUUUCUUCACGCUUUGGAUGGUCUGCCGACCUCGAUAUCGUCCACCAUUGAAUCCGCUCCGCCACCCACACAAUCCACUUCCUCUGCUGCGGCCCUCGCCAGCACAGUUGCUGAUGCUCAACCAGCAGCGAAACCCCCGGUUAAAAAGGUCCGAAUGUCGCGUGUGCCCGCUGGUGUCGUUCCAGGUGUCACACCUCCGCCCGAUCCAGAAAGGUGGUUGAAAAAGAGCGAGCGAUCAACAUUUGGUCAAGGGAGGAGACGGAAGGGGGCUGGGAGCGGUGGGGGUGCAACACAAGGCAGCGCAGCUGUGGAGACGGCAGGUGCAAGCGCAGCGGGCCAACCUUCAAAGUCCGGCGGAGGAAAAGGAAAGAAGAGGAAGUAA